GAGAGAGAGAAUUAUUGUAGUGAAGGUACCAUGCGCCUCUGCAUUGCAUUAGUGCUGGAAAGUUUCACACAGCUGUUCUCGCUGUCAUAUUGCGCUGAUUAGAGGCGCGGGAAAACCUCAGAGAGCAUGAGAGCCACCCGAGCGGAUUCUGCGUCCGACGCAGCCUCGUGUCGGAGCGAAAUAUAAACACGCUUCGCUGUUCUCCUGCUGCAAGGUGACGCAGCGCCGCGUAUCAGGUGGAGUGACGACAACUGCGGCACCGGAGCGAGUCCGAGCGGCGGAUAACGGAUAACGGUGCUCUCCGAGGAAACCCGGGCGCGGCGCUGAUAUGUGUCACCGUUCACGAUGACAACGAGGCGAAAGUCCAGCAAACUGCAGCUUCGGCGGUCCAUCAGCGAGCAGCUGCGCGACUCCACGUCGAAAGCCUGGGAUUUACUGUGGAGGAACAUCAGGGAGAAGCGACUGGCAGAAAUCGAGGCAAAGGAGGCAUGUGACUGGCUGAGGGCGGCGGGAUUCCCACAGUAUGCCCAACUUUAUGAGGAUUCCCAGUUUCCCAUUGAAAUAUCUUCUGUCAAGAGGGACCAUGACUUUCUCGACAAAGACCUUGUGGAGCCUCUUUGCCGUCGCCUCAACACUUUGAACAAGUGUGCCUCCAUGAAACUGGACGUGAGCCUCCCCAAGAAGAAAAGUGAGGACUCUGAUGAGGAGGACCUGUUGGCCAUCAGUAAUAGAUGGACGUUUGAGUGGAACAGUCGGCGCUGGUCACGUCUGCAAGACAUCGAUUACCUCCUGGGUAGAGCGGAGGAGCGUAGCCCCUCUGAGGUGGGUGAGGGUUUGCGGACCACCGUGAGCAGCGAGAGCAUUCUGACAGACCUCAGCGAGCCGGAGAUCUGCUCCCUGCACAGCGAAGACUCUUUGGCUGCAAUGCCUGACUCUGCCUCGCUCACCCCACUGCACUUGCCCAGAGAACUGCCUCAUUACGGUUCACUUCCUGCCAAGAGCAGGCGACGUGGACGCACUCGCGCCAAAGACUUCCUGAGGAGGAUGGAAACGCUGGGUCGAACGUGGGGGCCAUCGAUGGGUCGUUCGGAGCGGCGCUCUUUGGUUAUCAGCGGCCCAGUUCUGCAAAGCGAGCCAGCGGCACUAAAGACUCUACGAUGUGUUCAGAUUUUAAACGGCGGGCCUCUAAAUGCUGAAAACAUGCCACCUGCUAACAACUGCCUAAAUUCACUGGCCAGCAGUGAAGCUAGCAGCCAUUCAGAAACCAGCGGUAGUGCCGAAAGCACCCCGAACAUGAAGGAACGUGUCUCAAAGAUGUUUCCUCCUGGUAAACGUGCAGGCAUAUAUCUAGAGGACAUCGAUGUUCUUGCAGGCGCUCCCCAAAGGAGGAGACCGGUCGAGCAGAGUCGCAAAAAUGAGUUUCGCUCCUAUGACGAGCUAUUAGUGCACAUCCCUAAAGACCACAAACCUGGUACCUUUCCUAAAGCGCUAUCAAUCGAGAGUCUGACGCCAGCAAGUAAGGAACACGGAAACUGGAAGCUCCUGGAUUCAGAGCUGCAGCCCUUCAAGUGCAGGAAAGUCGGCGGAAGGGAACUCCGUCCCGUGACACGCUGCUGCCCACGAGGAAGCAGGAUCAGUGUGUACGAUAACGUACCAGGUUCACACCUUUACGCAAGCACGGGGGACUUACUGGACCUUGAGAAGGAGGAUAUAUUCCCACAUUUGGAUGACAUUCUGCAGCAUGUGAAUGGGCUGCAGCAGAUCGUGGACCACUGGUCAAAAAACAUCUUGCCGGAGAAUGAAGGGGAGGGGGAUGGUGGCAGGGGUCGGGACCAGAGGAUUAUUGAUGGCCAAUCUUCUAGUCAGAUCACACUGGAUUUUGAGGGGACUUCUGUAAUUGAGGGAUUGACCACACCGAACGACGGCAACAAGGAUGAGGUUUCAUUAAAUGAAACAGACACCUCCAGCACCAGAGAGAGAAGGGACUCAGGGGUGGGGGCUUCUCUGACACGACCACGUCUUAGAUGGCCCAGCUUCAGGAUGUCAAACCUCCUCAGCCAAUCAGGAAUCUCGCUACAGAUAUCCAGCCAAUCAGUGGGCCAGCUUAGCUUGCUGCAGAAGUUCUCUUUAUUGCGUCUCACUGCUAUCAUGGAGAAAUACUCCAUGUCCAACAAGCAUGGGUGGACUUGGUCAGUGCCGAAAUUUAUGAAGAGAAUGAAGGGACCAGACUACAAGGAUAAGAUGGUAUUCAGUGUUCCUCUGAUUGUCCAUGUCCAGCGGUACGGACACCCUUUGCCCAUAAGCUUACAGCUCGCCCUGCGCUUUUUAAGGAGCCAGUGUUUGGACCAGGUGGGACUUUUCCGUAAAUCCGGGGUAAAGUCUCGUAUUCAGGCUUUGAGGCAAAUGUGUGAAACCUCCCCAGAAAAUGUGAACUACGAGGAUCAGUCAGCAUAUGAUGUGGCAGAUAUGGUCAAACAGUUCUUCAGAGACUUGCCUGAGCCUCUCCUCACGAGCAAAAUGGGCGAGACCUUCCUCCACAUAUACCAGUAUGUCCCUAAAGAGCAGCGCUUACAGGCUGUGCAGGCAGCUAUCAUGUUAAUGGCCGAUGAAAACCGUGAUGUCCUGCAGACGCUGCUGUGCUUCCUAAAUGAUGUUACUUCCUCUGUUGAAGAGAACCAGAUGACCCCAAUGAACCUGGCGGUGUGCCUCGCUCCUUCUCUCUUCCACCUUAACAUCAUGAAGAAUGAUAAUUUGUCGCCGAGGUCUAUCCAGAGGAAGUAUGCCACUGGGCGGCCAGACCAAAAGGACCUGAAUGAGAAUCUUGCAGCCACUCAGGGGCUUGCGCACAUGAUUGCUGAGUGCAAUCACCUAUUCGAGAUUCCUCAGGAGAUGGUCUCUCAGUCCAGAAACUCAUACAUGGAAGCUGAGCUGCUGGCGCCCUCUUUAGAUGAGCUUUGUAAAAAACAGCCACAACAAGAUGAGGAAGAUGAAGAAGAGGAGGAAAACACAUGUCGCUCUUAUCUAGAGAGCUUGAUACAGAAUCUGAUGAAAGAGACCAAAGACAGGACCAAGGGCUGGGUGGCCAGAUCAAAUAUUGACAACACAGAGAUAUCGUUUAAAAAGGUGGGAGACAGGACCCCAUUGAGACGUUGGCGUGUGUCUGUAGAGGUGGAGGCUCCUCCAUCUGUGGUGCUAAACCGGAUACUGCGAGAGCGCCACCUGUGGGACAGUAACCUGCUGCAGUGGAAGGUUCUGGAAACUCUGGACAAGCAGACGGAGGUGUACCAGUAUGAGCUGAACAGCAUGGCCCCUCACCCCAAUAGAGACUUUGUAGUGCUCAGGACGUGGAGGACAGAUAUGCCAAAAGGUGUGUGUGUGCUGGUGUCGGUGUCAAUCGAUCACGAGGAAAGCCCGCAGCUGGCUGGAGUGAGAGGAAUAAUUCUGGAAUCACAGUAUCUGCUGGAACCGUGUGGCUCCGGGAAGUCCAGACUCACGCAUAUUUGCAGAGCUGAUCUGAAAGGAAAGUCUCCGGAGUGGUACAACAAGGCUUUCGGCCAUCUUUGUGCUAGCGAGGCCGCCCGCAUCCGCAAUUCCUUCCAGUCUCUGGAUCCUGAGGGCCCAGAGACCAAAAUAUGAACAUGGCUACAUGGAGUCAGGCAUGAGGGAACCGGGAUGUAGUUCAACCUCAAAUGCAGGUGGACGCAAAAAACAAACUUUGGCGAGACGAAGGAGGGAUUCAAGAGAGAGGAAAUGGAACGUUUUUAUUGUUUCUAGCCCCUAAACCACAACAAACUGCCAUGUCCUGUUGAGUUAAUAGACCGUGGAUCAUUGAGAUUCGUUUUAGAGUGUUUUACCCCUUAUAGGGCAUUUAAGUCAGUUUAUUUCAUAUCAAUUUAUGCAGCUGUUCAAAACUGCCACUUCUGAAAUGUCCUUUGUUGUGUGUUUUGGGGCAUAUGAGGAGAGAUGAGACAAAAUGGACAGAGAAAGUGACAGAGAAAGACUCCACCGUAGCUAUGAAGCCAUGCCUGUAAAAAAGUCGUAACGCUGCUUCCUGUUGUCCAGUCUGUACCGCAGCAGACAGCUUUAACUAGCACCUUUAGAGCUUCGCUUACAACAAACAGAUGUGAAUGACAAGCCACCUCACGCUAAUCUAAAAACAGCAGGUCUGGUUUUUGUUUUACCCAGCACUUCAAGCUAAAGUACUGCAUUCUCAAACCAAAUAUAGGUACGUUCUUGUGUACAUUAUUUAAAUAUCUGUAUUUAGGUGUUUUAUCCUCAUUUGAAUGAUUACAGUGACUGUAUUUUUUAAAUAAGGUUGUACCCUGGUGACGUAUUGAUGUGAAGUAUUUACAAGCCCAUAUUAUUUCUAAAUUCUGUUUUAAGGAAUGUUUUGUUGAUCAUUACUAUAUUCAUUCAUUUUACUGUCCUGGUAGGCAAUAAUGUAUUCUUAUGAUAAACGGUACAGUAUUUUGCUCUUCUAACAAUGCAAAAUGAAUUAGUUAAGGUUACAAAUCAAACCAUAUUUUAAAAAAUAUAGAAAAUGGCAAAGAUUGUUGCAAAUAUGCAUUAUUAUUAUUAUGAAUUAUUAUUACUGUCAUUGUUAUAUGUUGCUGUGUCACACUCUACAAUGUCUAGGACAUGAAUUCAUUUCACUGCUUCUGAGAAGCAUGUCUAUUCUAUUCACAGAGCUGUACAUUUGUGUGUGUUUGUGUGUAAAUGUGUAGAUACAUUUCGGGUUGUAUAUUUUGUACAUAAAUGAGGCUUAUUUGCAGGUUUAUCUGCUUUUAUGCUCAGUUUCCCCCGUCAUAUCAAUAUUUUGCUUGAAAUAUAAUUGCAAGCUGGUUUAAUCGGCUGGCUUGUUUAGUGUCGUUUAGAUGGGAACAGCUCGGGUUUGACCUGAGCUCAACGGCCGGAGGAAGCCGAUACGCCGUGGCUCCAAAUUAUUUUUGAACAGUACACAGGGUGAUUCGAGCUCCAAUCAUUUGGAAAUGUGGAAAAUAAAAAACUCCAAUGCAAUACUGUUUUUUUCAGUGUUUGUUGUGUGUGGGAUGCGUUUUAGGAACGCGGUUUAACGCUGUAUAUAAAACAUUGCAUUGGAAAAUAUUGUUGUUUGACCUUCUACCACCAGGUGGCAGUAUGUAUUCACCAGCGUGGCUUGGGAUGGUUGACGUUGCCUGCGGAGUACAGGUGCGUUUACUAGCAAACAACUAACUUGAAUAGCAAUUUAGAGGUCAUAGAACUGUACGUUUGCUUCUGAACAACAUGGCCAGUAAUUAACAGUGAUCCUGUUUUCUCCUGGGUCUGCAGAACCCCAGAGAGGCCCAAGGGAGCUAUUGAUCUUCGCCAUUUGAAUAACACGUCUUUAUACGCAGAAGUAUGGGAGGCAGAGGACACUCACUGCGGGCCAUACAUCAUCAUUAGGGAGCAAAAAGCAGUGGCAUGUCUUUAUUUCAAAGAAGGUCAGAUUUCAUAAACGUAGUGUCGACCAAGAGCUACCCUUUCUGGUUAGUUUUGUAUAAAACAAAUUUAUUUUACUGUUUAUGCGACGCUUGCAUUGCAGGAGUUUGGGGUGAGUAAUCCCUGUUGAAAAAAAAAAUUGGCAUAUGCUGGAUAGGAACGUUUUGAAGCUGGAAUGCUGGUUUAUGCUGGCCAUGUGAACCAGCAUCAAAACAACCCCCGCCUCCUCCCUUUUUUAAAGAUAGCAAUAUUUUCAUUCAACGAGGAUGCCUAAAAUUGAUCGAAAGUGACAAUAAAAACGUACUUAAUGCUUAAAUGCUUUGAUACAAAACAUUUGUUUCAAAUAAUCAUUUUAUCAAACAUUUUAAACAUUAAUAAUAAUAUUAUAAAAUCUUCCCGACAACCGAAUCUGUAUAGAACUAUUUCUAAAAGGUUAUGUGACACUGAAGACUGGAGUAAUAAUGCUGAAAAUUCAUACAGGAAUACGUUUUAACACACGCACAUGCAAAAGUUGUAAAAAUAUUUUACAAUAUAUAUAAUAUAAAUAAAUAUAUUGCUCUUUUACUGUUUUUGAUCAAAUAAAUGCAGCCUUGUUAGAAAAUUACAUGUCACGGCCAGAGAUUUCUAAUAUUGUGAGUGAAUUUUAAUCAAAUGUAUUAUAAAAUGUCAAUUUAAUAGAGCCUAUAGUCUCACUUGUCAUUCCUAAUUAACAUAAUAUCAUAGAUGUAUCAGACAUGACCCACACUGCUCUCUAGAUGUUUCCAUUGGCAUCGGCCAUUUAAAAACCCAUAUUAAUCGACUACUGCUCUGCAGGCAUGACACAGCGGGUUUGUGCAUCUGAAAACACAGACAUGGAUACGGUGACAUAUCAUCAUUUUCUGACACCUUCCUGCUGUCUAGGCUUGUUUUUUAUUUGACAUCUGACUAAAUCUUUAACUUUAUUCCAAAAAUAAAGUGCAGAUAAACACAAAAAGCCUCAGAGAAAGCUCAGUAGAUUGAAUUCCAAAAGUGAUCGGCUGAAAUAAAACCCCAAAAACAAAACCUUUCUAUAGCUC